AUCGAUCCAUGGAGGUGGAGAUGUUAUCAUUCUACUACUACCACCACUACUUUCUACUCUUCCUUGCUUUGUUUUUCAUCUCAAGACAUCUUCUGAAAAAAAGAAAGAACCUUCCAACCAGUGGCCCUCUGUGCUUACCCAUAAUCGGCCAUCUCUACCUCCUCAAGAACCCACUCCACCGUACCUUAGCCCAAAUCUCCGCCCGUUAUGGUCCAAUCAUACUCCUCCGCUUCGGUUCACGCCGUGUCCUUCUUGUCUCUUCGCCGUCGGUAGCUGAAGAAUGCUUCACAACCAAUGACAUCGUCUUCGCCAACCGCCCUCGUCUCCUCGUUGGGAAAUACUUGGGUUACAAUUACACAAUGGUCGGAUGGGCACCCUACGGUGACCAUUGGCGCAAUCUCAGGCGCAUCAUCACCCUCAGAAUUUUCUCUUCUACCCGUCUCCAGAUGUUCUCUAAUGUUCGGAUCAAUGAGGUACGCUCUCUAUUACGGCGGCUCGCCGACACCGGAGACUCUUUUAAGACGGUAGACAUGAAGUCAAUGUUUUUUGAGCUGACCCUCAACGUCAUGAUGAUGAUUAUAGCUGGAAAACGGUAUUAUGGUGAUGGAGUGAGAGAUUUGGAGAAGGCAAGAAGGUUCAGAGAGAUUGUGAAGGAAACGUUUGCUGUUUCUGGUGUGUCAAACGUUGGAGAUUUCUUGCCAGUUUUGAGAUGGGUUGGGGGAUUUAAGGGUUUGGAGAAGAAAUUGGUGAAUUUGCAGGGAAAGAGGACUGGGUUUAUGAAGGAAUUGAUCGAAGAGCAUCGGAUGGUGAGAACUCAUCGGACUCAAUCAAAGGAAGAGAAGACGAAGACGAAGACGAUUAUUGAUGUUCUACUGUCACUACGGGAAGCUGAACCAGAGUACUACACCGACGAAAUUAUCAUAGGCAUUAUACUGACGUUACUAUCAGCUGGUACCGAUACUUCUGCAGGAACCAUGGAAUGGGCAAUGUCACUAUUGUUGAACAAUCCAAAAGUCCUCAAAAAAGCCCAAGCUGAGAUCGAUGCUAAAGUAGGACAAGGCCGAGUCAUCGACGAGUCAGAUCUUGCCAAUCUUCCUUACCUCCACUGCAUCAUAAAUGAGACACUUCGGAUGUACCCUGCUGCCCCACUAUUAGUACCCCAUGAAUCAUCAGAAGAGUGCAUUGUAGGAGGCUUCACCGUACCACGUGGCACGAUGCUAUUGGUUAACAUGUGGGCAAUCCAAAACGACCCCAAGUUAUGGGCACAGCCCACAGAGUUCAGGCCAGAGAGGAUGGAAGGAGUUGGAGGGGGAAGAGAUGGAUUCAAGUUGAUGCCAUUUGGGUCAGGAAGGAGGGGCUGCCCUGGGGAGGGACUGGCUAUGCGUGUAGUUGGCUUAGCAUUAGGCUCAUUGAUUCAAUGCUUUGAAUGGGAGAGGAUUGGAGAAGAGAUGGUGGACAUGGAGGAAGGCACAGGGCUUACUUUGCCCAAAGCUAAGCCAUUGGAGGCAAGGUGUAAGCCUUGUGCAAUCAUGUUGAACCUUCUUUGUCAACUUUGAGGCGAUUUCUCCAUGCAUGCUUCAGUUGUCCCUUCCUGCACCUCCUGUUGCACUGCAUGCUAUGUCUCCCAUGCUGUUUCUACCUCAUGUGCAAAAACAGAACAAAAAAUUGAUGAACCAAUUAGUAAAUCCAUUAACUGUCUCA